GGGGCGCUGGGGCCUCCGGAACGAAGCCCUGACCAUUGGCUCCUGCGCGUUCUGGGAGUCGCAGUCCCGUCUCCCCCACCCUCAGUCCCCCUUAGUCAAUUCCGGGCUUUUUUCGAGAAGCAGUGCCGCCAUUUCCGGGGAGGGGAAGUUGCGAAGAGGGCGCACGCGCAAGGGUAACACGUCCCGAUAGGCCUCGGAAGUCGCGGCCCGGCGCCUUGUGGGAGAUGUAGUUCUUCAGGCGCGGCAGCCGCGGCGCUCGGCCGAGGGCGGACUCGGUUUCCCAGAGGGCCGAGCGUGACGCAAGAUGGAGGCGGCCAGGCAGCAGUAAUCCGGCAGCUACAGUGAGCCGCUGAGCAGAGCCGUGCUGGGACCUCUGGGCCGAGGCCACCGGCCAACCUCUGCCACCCGCGCCCACGCUCUGCCCGCCUGCAGUCAGGCCUCGGCACUGGCGUCCGGCUCACAGGAAGGUGCGCUGCGGCCGGGGGACCCAUGGCCGAGGUGGGCGCAGGCGAGCCGGCCCCUGGCUUGGAGCUAGAGCAAGGGACGGAGCGGGACGCCCUGCCUUCCGACACCGUCUCCCUCAGCGACUCGGACUCCGACCUCAGCCUGCCCGGCGGUGCCGAGCUGGAGGCCCUGUCCCCCGGGAAGCCGCUGGAGGAGGCCCAGGGGGACUCGGACCCGGAGGAGGCCCCCUCGCCGCCGAGGGGCCCACCCGCAGCCACAGUGCAGCCCUUCCACCUGCGGGGCACAAGCAGCAGCUUCUCCCAGCGCAGCCACAGCAUCUUCGACCAGCUGGAGGGCGCGGCCGGGCGGGCCCCAGCCCCAGCGCUCCCCACGGGCGGCCACGGGGGCUUCAAGCGGCCCUUGGCGCCCUCGAGCCAGCCUCCAGCUAAGUGCCCGGGCAGAGCCGGGCAGACCCCGGUCCCGCCGAGGGUGCCCCCCGUCCCCGACUAUGUGGCCCACCCUGAGCGCUGGACCAAGUACAGCCUGGAGGACGUGGCCGAGGCCAGUGAGCAGAGCAACCGGGCCGCCGCCCUGGACUUCCUGGGCCCCCAGAGCCUGGACGCCCCCGGCGACUAUGCGCCCUCCUUCAACCAGGACCCCUCCAGCUGCGGGGAGGGGAGGGUCGUCUUCACCAAACCAGCCCGAGCCGCCGAGGCCAGACCUGAGAGGAAGCAGGGCCUGAGGAAGGCGGGGGAGCCAGGCGGGGGCGGGGGCUCUGUGCAGCUGGCCCACCUGGCCAGGCCCGGGAGCCCGGGGGCCGAGGAGUGCGGCGGCCCACACGGGGGCCUGCAGGUGGUGGGCCCGCCCAAGGAGGGCGCCCCCCACGGGGCAGCGGUGGCCUUCCAGGGCAGCAGGAAGCGGAGCAGAGACCACUUCCGGAACAAGAGCGGCAGCCCGGGGGCCGAGGCCUGAUCGGAGGGACUGCCCACCCCCUCGGGCGGGGGGGCUGGUGGGCUGCCUCGGGCGGCGCCCGUAGCCCUGGCUGGGCCGCAGGCUGUGGUCUUCAGAGCCGAGACCUUGCCAGGGGGACAGUGGUGGCCCUGGCCCACUGGACGCCCUUGGGGAACAGUAAAGGUUUUGGGCAUUCCUCA